CAGUAGCCCAGCCCAAAAGAAAGAGUAGACGACCGUGUAACAACACUCAAAUAAAAAAGCUGCUCAUUUCAAUAAACCCUACUCGCCUUUCCCCGCCGGAUUCCUCUUCUCUCUCAUCAGGGUUUCAUUUCCAGCAUCAAUGGCUCCCCCUGCGAAAGAUGGAAAGAAGGCUGAUCCCAAGGCACAGGCCUUGAAAGCUGCCAAAGCUGUGAAAUCUGGCUCAAAUAUCUUGAAGAAGAAGGCUAGUAAGAAGAUCAGGACCAAGGUUACUUUCCAUAGGCCAAAGACAUUCAAGAAGGAGAGGAACCCCAAGUACCCUCGUAUUAGUGCAACACCAAGAAACAAGUUGGAUCAUUAUCAGAUCCUUAAAUACCCCUUGACCACUGAGUCUGCAAUGAAGAAGAUUGAGGACAACAACACCUUGGUUUUCAUCGUUGAUAUCCGUGCUGACAAGAAGAAAAUUAAAGACGCCGUCAAGAAGAUGUAUGAUAUUCAGUCCAAGAAAGUGAAUACCUUGAUCAGGCCCGAUGGCACCAAGAAGGCUUAUGUUCGCUUGACACCAGACUAUGACGCCUUGGAUGUUGCAAACAAGAUUGGAAUCAUAUAGUUUGUGUUUUGCUUCAUAUUUGUUUCAAGUAGAUUAUCUCCUCUGACAUUUUUGAUAGGAACAUGCUCAAUAGAAAGAAAAAAAAGGUUAUUUGAUGUUGCGAUUCCAUGUGGUAGUCUGAGUGUAAUUGUGGUUAUUUGCCAGUAUAUGCUAUGCUAUUUUAGGAUCUUUCUGUAUUUCAAAUCUAUUAUAUUAUUUCACAAGUCGUCUUAGUUCCUGGA